AUUCAUUUAUUGACAAAGAGAAAGUUGAAUCCAGAAAACAGUGAACAGUGAAAGUCAGAUGGGAAAUGGUCACAUCAGAUAACAAUCUAUAAAUAUGAGUCUAAGAUAGAUGAAAAAAGUGGAUGUAGCUUUAUACAGUGUACAUAAAUCUAGAUAUAUAUAAUUAAAAUACAAACUUGCACUGUUCUGGAAAAACAAUUUUUCAAUGGUAUGGUAUUUAGAAAAAUAGGCAACCACUGAAUGAAUCUGCUUCAUGACUCUCUUUAUUUCAAAUGUUGGUGAAGAAAACAUGAUAACGCAGCCACCAACACAAAAUGAAUUCAAGAUCUGGUUCAGAUGGUCAUGAUAGCUUUACAAAAUCAUUACUAGCAAAUGGCAUUGCAUCUUCAUCAUCGCCAAACAUAUCUCACCAUUACAAUAAUGGGCAGAUGAAACAGAAAUCAAAUGUGCGUGUUGCCUCCGCCAAAUACCAUGACAUAGCUGCCACCAUUUUGAGAGGAUCGAGAGAUGUUGAGGAGGUGUUCUUGAACACAGCUAAAAAUGGUGAUCUGAAUAAACUUGAACAGUUGUUAAGUCAAAGUGGCAGCAUUGGCUUGGACAUCGACUGUAAGGAUAAAAGAACAGGAAAUACAGCACUUAUAUGGGCUGCCAAGCGUGGACAUGUCAAGGCUGUGGAGGCUUUGUUGAAACAUGGAGCUGAAGUUACUUUGUGUAAUCAUGAGGCCCAGACGGCUCUGGAAACAGCCCACUCAUCAGUCAGAACUAUCUUAUUGGACUGGGUUGAAACACAGACACAGAUUAAUGAAAGAUUGCUAUUACAGGCAGCAUGGCAAGGAAACCUUUCUGUAGUUAGAAAAAUUUUGACCAAUGAAAAACGUCAUCCAGAUGUCAACUGUCAAAGUGCCGAGGGCUUAACGCCAUUAAUGCUAGUGACAAGAGAUGUUCAGCUGUUUGAAAGACUUAGUGCUCAGCUCAACAGAUACUACAGCCCAGUACAAGUAGCAGAAGAAUUAAUCAAAGCUAAAGCUGAUGUUUCAGCUACAGACAGUGAUGGCAGGUCAUGUCUUCAUUACAUCUCUACGUCAAAAGCUGCCUGUGCAGAGAAGCUGGUCUCUGUGUUGAUAUCUGGGGGCAUGGCUAUGGAAGUGAAGGAUAAAAAUUUCUUUACACCCAUCCACUUGGCCUCGCAGCUGGGUAUUACAAACAAUGUUGUUGCUCUGGCUGAAGGUGGGUCUGACGUCAACGUGAAAGGUUUUGCUGGAUCAACACCUCUUCAUCUCACUGCAUACAAUGACCAUCAGAAAACUGCAAGCACCUUGUUGUCAUUUGGAGCAGACGCCACACUAGAAGAUGACAGGGGACUCACACCCAUGGAUGUGGCCAAAUCUAAAAAGAUGAAAAUGUUGCUAAAAGAAGCUUGGACAGAAGGAGCUACUAAGGGGCAUCAUUCUCAGCUUACCUCUGAUGAACAGAACAAAGAGAUGAACAAAAAGAACAGUAUGGUGCAGAAGAGAAAACCUGAAGUGAUUUUCGAUGAUUUGGCUCGAAAUGCGCAGAACUCACCAGUAAUGAAACCAGGUUCAGCAAAAACUAGAGUAUUGUCCAAUGUUGAAAAAUGUAAACAAGCAGAGAAGAAAAUUCUCCAGGAAGUUGAAGCAUUGAAGGCGGCCCAUCCAGUGUUUACAAGGGAAACAACGAGGAUACUUGGAACAUCCAGGAGUAAAAUUUUACCUCAGAUUGGUCGAAGUACCAGCCCAGUUCUUGCCCUUCCUGCUCCUUCACCUGAUCAAGUUCAUGACCUCACUUUGGAAGAAACGCGUCAGCAGCUUCUAUCACGUGGAAGAUCUAUCUCAGACAUAAAACUAGGUUAUCGGCAGAGUGCCAUGUCUGGUUCUGUUAGUUCUGAUGACUUUGUUGGUCAGUUCCACAGAGGAUCUCCUCUUGGUAAUGAUUAUACACAACACAGAAGAUCUGAGUCUGAACCCUUUAGUCCAAGUUUUAAAAAUCUGACAGAAUCCUGCGAUUCAAUCUUGUCCAAUACUCCAGCCUCGUUGAAAAUGAAGUCUGUUACUUGCACUUCCCCAACUUCAAAUAAAAGUUUUUUCAUGACAGACAAGAAAUCAAAUCCAGAUGAUGAUGUGUUUUCUGUUACGGAGCCUCAUGUUGACUUCAUGCGCUGUAGAACAAUAUUCAAAGAGGAUUUCAUUUUGGAAGAGAGCAGGCCUAAAGAUUUGAUGUCUGGCAGUGAUCCUGCAUCCAGCCUCAGUAGCUUGUCUACCCCAUCACCUCGGGAUGCAUUCGCCAACCAGCACUUUUUUCCAAAAUCUUAUAAAUUGGAGACACUCGUAGAGCAGCAAGCCAGUAACCAGUUUCUUUCUUCUCCUUUGGAAAUAUGGAAUAAUCCUGAUCUCAGGGCCACCAGGCCUCAGAUACGUAACCCUCGCCAAAAAGUGAGGCAUCGUUCUGACAAUUCAUUGUCGUCUUCCUUGGAGUCUGAGAAUGAGUCUGACAAAAAGUCCAAAAGGUUAACUCCCAAUAUCUUUAAAAAAUCCUUCAGUGACACGUCAAGCUCAUCAGAUUCUGUCAACGUUCACAAAAGUCAGAGCUUAGAAUCUCUGUCCCCCAGGGCUCACUCUCAACCAGCUCAAAAGAAAAUUGUUUCUCUAUCUGAUGAAAGUAUAAACACUUCUUCAAAAAAAUCACAAUUGGCAGCGUCUAAGCGAAAGGACAUUCCUAAACUAAACCUUUCACAGAAUAACACUGUCAUCCCAGAAAUAAAAAAAUUCCAGAAGCAGCAAGAUAUUGUGAAACCUUUUAGUGGCAAAGCAAAAAUGUUAAUUUCUGCAGACAUCGACAACUGGGACAGUAAAUCUAUCAAGCUGUAUUCUGUUUCCACUAAGAAAGAAAAAAAUGUUUCCUCCAAUCUUAUGGCAGAGUCACCUGAGAGAAAUGCUGUUACUGUUUUUGACAGUUCUAAAAACCUUUUGGAAAAUUCAGAUUCUUCCACUACUCAUAAAAUAAAUGAGAAUUCUAAGCAGCCAUUGCAUAAUAGCCUGACUGUGCCAGAUUUUUCAAGCAGAGUAACCAACUCAUUUGUAGAGUCAUAUAAUGAUAAUAAUGAAGUAGAAAGGUCAUAUUUUGUUGUUACAAAAGAAGCAGAGUUAAUAUCUAAUACUUUGUACAAUAAAACUAAAAAGAAACAAGAAGCCAAGGUUAGCUCUGUUAAGAUAAAUGAACCACCAGUCACGCCCAGCGCUAGAAAAAAGUCUGCAGAUUUAGCAGCAAACAUUGAGAGAACAAUAAUGAGAAAUCAUAAAAACAAUCCACCUCUUACUUAUAGAAAUAUGACAGACAUGCUUAAGGACCAAGCAAAACCAGGCACUGAAGUAAAAAAAAGUGAAAGCCCAGUAAAAUCAAACUUGAACUCUCAGAAGCCUCAGUGCGGCAAUGUUAAAUCUAGUAAAAUAAAACAGUCAAGCCCAGCCAAAUCCAACUCAAGCAUUCCCCAGAGCAAUGGAAAGAAAAAUAACUCUGGCAAGACAACAUCACCAGAUAAAGAAGGACAAAAGGAUAAACCAAAAGAAAAUACCCAGAUCCUAGCUCAGAACACCAAAGCAGCUGAAAGAGACAAUAACAGCCAGUUAGGCCAUUCUGAUCCACCACACAUAGAAGUAGAUCCUCCUAGCUCCCAGACCAUGCAUAAAAGAAUUGAGACUCCCAUCACAACUCCACUGAUAGUGGAUCCCUUUGAGGCAUUUCCACAGGCUCACAUUAAACUGAUUGAAAACUCAACCGAUGCUGUUGUUAAGCUUAAGAAAUCUUCAACCAGCAAAUCCCACAAAAAGUCUGCCUCAUCCAAAAGACCGGUUUCAGGCAGUUCCAGGCAGUCUUCUGCUGGCAAGAAAAGACCAAAUAAGGGUAAAGACCAAAAAGCUGACAAUGAUUCAAGACCUAAAAGCUCAAAAAGAAAUGGUAAACAUAAACAGACCAAAGUAAAUGAAGAACUGGAUGAACUGUAUGAUCUAGCUGAAUCAGAGAAUGCUGUCUUAGUAUCUGGAAUUGGCUGGCAACUCUCAACAUCUUUUAUCAAGCCACCUCAAAGAGGAUCACCUGAGCAGUCCCUUCAAAAAGACUUGGACUCAUCUAAUAAUCAUUUAUUACAAUCAACUUUGGCAGAAAGCAAAAAUUAUUUACAAGCCUUCAAGGAAAAGAUCUCAGAGAACUCUCCAAGAUUUUUGGAAAUGAAGCAGCAGCCCUCUCCUACUGAAUCUAAGUUGCCCACUGUUGAAGAUGAUGGCUAUCCUCCAAUGAACCUUGAUAUGACUCAGAACUAUGGCCACAAGAUUUUGAUGGAAAAUUUUGGAGAUCCCUUCUAUGCUGAAAGCCUUUCUCCAGGAGAAGAGAAUGCAUUGGGAAAGCUGAGUCCCAUUACAGAGUUGUCUCUUUCACAGACAGUAGAUAAUAUCUUGGAGGAUUUCACUGCGGCUAGAAAUGAUCAGAGCAAAGAUGAACAGAUACAUGUUCAUGCCGAUGCAAGGCAGCCCCAGAAGGACAGCUCCAUUGAACAUGGUGAUCAACCAAAGCAACACUGUAGUGAGGAAGACAAUUUAGAUGAAGUCAUAGAAGAAAUUCUCUCCUCCACAACUUCAUCUUUGUCUUCCACACUCAGAAGCAUUUCAUCUCACAUUAAACCAAAACCAUUCUCAGGCUCACACACCCUGACCUAUGGUGACCAUAAGCUAUUGGGUCAGAUGUCCAGCUUAUUACGUGACUCUCCAUUUCAUGCGCAAAGGCUAUCUUCAACCAUCAACAUAUCAGCAAGCGAAAAAAUAAAUAAGGGCUCAAACCCCAGCAAUGUUUGUAGUUCUGGAGAGAAUCUAGCCACCAGUAAAUCUAAUCAAACCAUAGAUAAUCAAGAGAAUAUUCAACUUGAUCCAAAGCAAUUUGAAACCCCAAAGAUCCCAAAUAUUACAGAAACAGUUGGCAAUGCUAUCCCAUUGUCAUCCAAACCUCCUCUAUCCCUGAAGAAAUCAAUCGAUGAUGAAACAGCUAGUUAUGUGACUCCAUUGAGAAGAUCAUCGUCCACAAAAUUCCAACGUAGACGAGACCAGAAUUUAAACGAAGAGGAAGCCAAACAGCUGGCCAAGGUCAUUAACAGUUUUAAACAGAUGGAGCUUACCACUGGCUCUGGACGACAAGACUCUCGCAACACAUCCAUUAAAAGUCCAAUCAGAAAAAGUGGUAGCCACCUAGCUGUCAAUGAGGCAAGCUCCAACUCCAGGCCGAGUUCCAUGAAUGCCUCUUUUAAAAUGAAGGGAAAAUUUAUUGAGCUGAAAGAGAGUCAGGUUGAAAAUCGGAAACCAGAGGCAGAAACUAAAAAUUUGACUGGCUUGAGUAACACAGAUGAUGAAAACAAUCCACACAAUGAACAGCUCUCUAAUGUUAAAGUAAAGAUAGUUACAGAAGCAACGGACGAUGUAAAUACUUUAAAUAAACAAAACAGAAAUGAAAUCAGACGAGAAAGUUUAACUGGCUGUGAAACCAUGUCAGACACCAUCAAGGGAGUUGAUGAUACUAUUCAGUGGAAAAAAGGAAACAUUUUAGGGCGUGGAGCUUUUGGAACUGUCUGGUGUGGACUGACCAAUGAAGGUCAACUGAUAGCAGUGAAACAGAUAGAGCUGACCACUAUAGACACGUCAAAGGCCCACCAUGAAUAUGAAAAAGUUCAGGAAGAGGUGGAGCUUCUUAAGACUCUGGAGCACACUAAUAUAGUUGGUUACCUUGGUACUAGCUUGGAGGACAACAUUGUCAGCAUCUUCAUGCAGUUUAUACCUGGAGGCUCCCUGGCCAGUAUCCUAGCUAGGUUUGGUGCAUUGGAAGAGUCUGUCUUCAGACGCUACACUAAGCAGAUCUUGGAAGGUGUCAAAUAUUUACAUGACAAUGAUGUUAUACACAGAGAUCUCAAAGGAGCUAAUGUCAUGCUGAUGCCCAAUGGUGUGAUUAAACUAAUAGACUUCGGCUGUGCCAAGAGAAUGUGCAUCAAUCUCAGCAUUAGUCAGGUAGAGAUUUUAAAGUCAAUGAAAGGGACACCAUUCUGGAUGGCUCCAGAGGUGGUCAAUGAGACCGGACAUGGCAAGAAGUCUGACAUAUGGAGUAUUGGCUGCACUGUGUUUGAAAUGGCUACAAGAAAUCCUCCAUGGUCUGAUAUGAAUCCUAUGGCAGCCAUAUUUGCCAUUGGCUCUGCGACUAGACCAGUGCCGACAUUGGAUGAGAAGUUUUCACCAGAAGCCAGAAAUUUUGUCCUCCAGUGUAUGACAAGAGAUCAAGAGAUCAGGCCAGAUGCUGCUAGUCUUUUACAACAUCCAUUUAUAACAAAGAAAUUUAUUAGGAAAGAAUAAUACAUUAAUGUCUGGGGUUUUUAUUCUUCAAUGCACAGUUUUGGGGCAUUAACAUAUAUCCAUUUAAGUUAAUAAAGAUUGUCAUAAGUUGCACACAGUUUUAAACUGCCAUCCAGCUCUUUAAAAUUAAUGUAUCAUUUACUAUGUUAGUUGAAAGGUCUGUUAAGCUAAUUAUAUAUAUAUAUAUAUAUAUAUACUUACUUUUCAUCAAAAUGUAUCUCUUUAAACCAUGAGUUACAGUUAUGUUUUAAGUAUUGGUUAUUUGAAUAGCAAAAUAGCAUAUGGUUACAUUAAAGAAAGUUAUAGGUCAACAGGUGUGAUGGGAAUGCCUAUCUUCACAUACCAUGCAGAAUAGGAAAUUCAAGGGCCCACUUUCAAAGAUUAUGGCCUAUUCGGAUUUUAGCAAGCAUGGAAGACACCUGCAAUGAUCUCAAGGAGAUUAAAGAUGGCUAAGCAUCAGAGACUAAGACUACUAUUAGGAGUCACAGAUGUUAUGUCAAUUAGCCCACUUAAUAAAGUUGUGACAAAACAUUUCUUAAGGGUUGUUGGAUAUGUUCUUAGACAAAAUGAAGCAGGAUUCAGAAAGAUAAUAAUAACACCUAGUCUAAAAUGAUUAAACAGGGCCAUCCUUGUAAAACGGCAUUGCACCUUUAUGAAAGACAAAAGCAUUGGGCAUCCUUCAUAGCAUCUUGCUCUUGGAGUGCUUUCUGACAAAUUUGCUUGUAAAUUAUGUCAUUAAAAAAAGGUUUCAUAAUUCUCUGUCAUCCCUCAAUAUCAGACUAGUUUUCUAGAAUGUGAACUCAUGUACUUUUAAAACCACUAUUCUGCUGUUAAUUGAUUGAUGGCUUCUUUAUAAGAAGUAUUGGAUGACUCUAUGAAGAGAAUCUAUUGUUGUUUUUCUGGUGUGAAUGAACAUUAUAACAUAGUUAUAAACCUAACAUCUUAACUUGCUCUAUUUCCACUAUGUCAAAACAGCCAAACCUGUAAAACUGAUAAAAAGUCAGUUGUUCAGAAUUUUACAAGAUGUUAACAACAUUCAUAAAAUGUAUUGAUAUAAUGACAUUACAUUAAUAGAUUGAUAUUAACUUGAUACAUUGAUCUGAUAGACUGAAUUUAACAAGAGGUAUUCAAAAAUGGUCUUGAUAAAUUGUUAUUGACUUGAUACAUUCACAUUGACUUGAUACAUUGUCUUUGACUUGAUACAUUGUCAUUGACUCGAUAGAAUAAAAUUGUAGCAGUUAGAUCACAAAUUGUCUUUAAUUCUAAACAAAUGUGUCAACAGUGCCUUUAUCAAUCUGUUCAUUCUGUGAUUGUAAAAUAUCUUUCAAUUUGUCAUGUCCUAAAUAUAGUGUCACUAUGCAGGAUUUGUUGCAAUUUUUAAAUUAAGAUGGUCUCUGCAAUAUAUAAAUGUAUUGCUGGACAUUUAAUUUAUUAACUACUUUGCUUUUUUAUCUAUGGAUAAAAGUUAUGUUUAUGCUACCUAUCCAACUUCAACUGUGUUAGUAUUAGCCACUGUAUACAUUUUUACAGAUAUUUAUUCACUUAAAAUCAAUGCAGUUACUAUUGUUGAUUCUUGCUUUUUGAUAGACAUUUUAUAACAAACUGCUGAUUUGUAGUGUGAUAUUUUUUAAUUGAAUUUUUAUUGUAUAGUCACCUAACUUUGUUGAAUUGGUUGAAAAAAAUGUUCUUGCAAAUAUUUGUGUUUAUGUCGUCAAAUGAAUUUAUUUUAUUAAUAUAUUUUUGUUUUGCCAUUGUUUUUAAGGUAGAGAGGUUAUGUCAUUGAACAGUUACAUUAGGUGUUAUAAAAAGUAUCCAGCUGAAUAUAGAUAUUAGCAUUUUAUUUACUGUCUACAAUUUAUCAUUGUACUGCUCACAAAUUGUUUGACAAUGCUUACCUUAAUGUCAAAGUUCCUUUUUUUUAAGGAAUUGGCGGAGGUAAGAGUAAUUAUACAUUAAUUACAAGCCUUUUCAUUUACUUUAAAACGAAAGUAAAUCUACUUUGUCUGUUCACUAUUUUUCAGCACCAUGUUGCUAUACUUUGUAAUUUUCAAGAUAGCUAAUCCACACUUUUUCAACCAUUUUUGUUUGUAAGUUUUAUAAUCAGUUAAAGCUAGAGGAUAUUUUAUAAUAUGGACCUGAUUUUGUUAGAAAGACGUCAGAUUGUGUUGGCAUACAGAGAAGUCAGUUUGAUGGCAAACCUCCUGAUGAUCUAGACUCCAGACCAGUGUUUCCCAAACUGUGUUCCACUGCACCCUAGUGUUCCACGAGGCCUGAAUAGGUGUUCCAUGAACUUCUUCAAUAAUUAACUAGUAGACCACCCUAAAAAUUAAUCUCUGAAGUAAAUGAAGGAAAAAAAGAUUUUUUAUUAGUUCUUCUUCAUAACAAAAUAAAUUCUAUAACAUCUCUUUAAACUUUGAACUGAUCAUGAUCCUGAAUCUAAUUUGAAACAAUGAUACAAUAAAAGAUCAACCAUUAAAUGAUAUCUGGUUGAGUUUUUUUGAAGAGCACCACAAUAUUUAAACAAGCUAUUGUUUUUAUUACUUCAGUUUCAUACAAUCUAUUUAUGCGAAGAAAGAUUUUCUUAUUAUGUUACAACAAAGUCAAAGUACAGAAAGAGGCUUAGAUGAAUUCUCAAGUAUAGAAUAUGAAGAAUGGUACAAAGUAAAGCUUUAAAAAGAGGCCAGUAAACUUUGGGUCUGUCUCCUCAGAUUAGUUUAGUCUAAGCACAAGAAGCCUAGUUGACUAAACUCAGACUCAGAACACCCUUAUAGUGCACAGGAAGCUGUCUAGUUGUUACAGAUUUUACUUUUAGUUGUUGUAAUGAAAUCAUACAAAAACAAAUGCAUAAUUUUUUUAUUUAAAAAAAAAAAAAACUACUUUGCUAAACACUUAAGUCUCAUGAAAUGUUUUGUUUGUUAACACAAUUUGGUUGUAAAGAUUUCAGGGUAAAUGUAUCGUAUAGAUUUUAAUACUUGACUUUGACAAUCAUUUAUUACUUUUGUAUCCAUUUUGUUGUAAAAUCAAUUAAAAUGUCUCAUUCAUUGCUGGAUUGUUUUGUUUUAGCAAAUAAUUAUUUUGUUUUGGUAUUUAUAUAUGUUAGUGAUGAUUGUGUUAACACAGUGUAGACAACAAUGAAUAGCCAUACUUGUAAUAUUCAGAAAUACAUUAGCAAAGAACUAGCUCUUUUUUUAAAUGUAUUCUUGUAACAUUUAUUAAAUCUCUUUUAAAAUUGCUAGCAUUUUAAAAUAAUGCAUUACUUUGCGAUUUAGUUUCAAUUUUCAAAGAAUACAGUUUAGUUUAAAAUGUUUGUAGUAACUUCUAGGAAGUGAAAUGAGAUGUAUUACUUGAGUGAAUGGCAUUUCCUUAAAGAGUUGUCUCCCAUUAAAUCUAUGUCUCCCUAGAUAGCCUUGGCUUCCACAUAUAUAAUGAACAUAUGACCCAAUGCACCAAAACAUUACCUAAGCAUUAUUUAGAUAUUUUGAAAUGCUGUAAUCAUAUUAAGCCAUUUAAAAGAAAAAAAUCUGAUAACAAAAUUGUAUCAAAUUUUUUAUUUAUUCAAAUAAACAGUAUUUUGUUUUCAAUCAUUCAUUUGAGAUAUUAUAAAGAAAAUGUUAAAUAACAUCUUUAAUUAAAUUUAUUUUGGCACUUUAAAAAAAAAAAAAAAAAAAGUUUUUUUGACUUUUGGUAAUUUUUUGGUCACAGAGAGUCACAGCAGCAGACUGAAUUAAAUGACCUUAAACUUCCUUUUAAUAUUUCUUGCCACAUUGCCAGAUUUUUUGCUUUUAUCUGAUAACAAAACUCUUACUGCUGAAUGUACAUUAAAAUAUAUUUUAAAACCUUUUUCAUAAAGUGACUAAUUGACUUUUUAUUAUUUUAACAAAUAGAUAACUUGCAAAAAGUUAACCUGCUACAGAUGCAGUAAAAAGAAAAAAGCAGCUUUUAACAUAAAUUGAUGUAGCUAUAAGAAUGUAGCCUGAUCUCUAUGUGUUUUCCACUAUGUUGCUAUACAUUUGUUAGUAGAAAUGGUUGAUUUUGAUGGGAAGUAGAUCCCUCAAGAAUGAGAAAUUGUUCCAAAGGCUCAGAUUUAUUACAUUCUAGUUAUUAUUGAUAUUUCUGGAAAACUGCUGAAAUAUUAAUGCCAUGAGACCAAUGUAUGAUUAGACGCCAUGUUGCUUAUGUAUAAAUAUAAAUGUUAGUUGAUCAUAUGACUUGUGUAUAAAUACAAAUGUAGUUGAUCAUGUGACUUGUGUAUAAAUAUAAAUGUUAGUUGAUCAUGUAACUUGUGUAUAAAUACAAAUGUCGUUGAUCAUGUGACUUGUGUAUAAAUAUAAAUGUUAGUUGAUCAUGUGACUUGUGUAUAAAUGUAAAUGUUAGUAUGUCACAAGACUAAUGUAUAAAUAUUAAUGUUAGUUUUUCAUGAGACUUACAUAUAAAUAUGAAUUUUAGUUUGUUGUAAUUCCUGAAGACGUUUUUUAUUACCUUGCGUAUAUUAACUCACUUUAUCUGUCUGUCUGGUCAAAAUCUUUCUCUCUUCCAAGUUCCCAUUGUUGGAUCAAUUUGAAACUUUACACAAUUAUUCUUUGUCAAUAGACAAUAAAUUAAUUAAUCAAAAAAUUAACUACUUAGUUAAUCAUUUGUUUAUUAAUUAAUAUAGAUUUACAUGGAAAGAGGAGAGAAUUAGGUCAUUUGAUAAAAAUAUCAAACUAACAAUGACUGAUAAAGACCUUCAAUUUUUAUAAGUACUUAAAUAGCUCAGUGGCAAAACACGUUGACCUCCCAUCAUGGAGACUCUAGUUCAAAUUCUGACUCUUUUGAAAGUAUAGCACGGAAACUUUUUGCCAGAUGAUUGAUGACAUGAUUGAUUCUAAAUAAUUGAUGCAAUUUCACUUAUAUGCAAGGUUUUAAAAAGUAUUUUUAUAUUUAACUUGUUUUAGAAGUGUUGACAAGGUACCAAUUUUAAAAAAAUGCCAUUAAAAAAGUAGGUAAUCUCAUUAAACAUACAUAUAGAUGUAGCUGAACUCCAGAAUUAUAUGUCUUACGUCGUAUGAAUAGUAUCUCAUAAGAAGCAAAUAAAAGGUGGAUAUGCUUAUGCAUAUUCUCUCCAUAUUUUGUGUAUACUACCCUUCUGUAUUGCUAGAACAAUCUCCAGCUCAGUAUUAUAGGGAUCCAGUAGUGUCAGAUAUUGCAUUAUUAUGUUGAUAUUUAUUAAUUCUGCUAAUACCCUGUCUUGUAUAUUUUAUAGAUAUGUGUAUGAAGAAAGAUUUUGCAAAAUAUUUUUUCUAUGUUUGAAACUGAAAUAAAAUCUACAAUUUCAAUGCAUGUUUGCCUUAUGUAAGCUAAUAUUAUUUGACAGUAAUUAAAUUUUUUUUUAAUUAUAA